UUGAAGACAAUGGCCAAGAACAAACUAAGAGGGCGGAAAUCCAGGAAUGUAUUUCAUAUAGCCAGCCAAAAAAACUUCAAGUCUAAAAACAAAGCAAAACCAGUUACCACUAAUCUUAAGAAGAUUAAAAGAAAAAAAAAUGAAAACGAACCAGUUAAUGUUGAUGAAGCAACAAGAUUCAUAGCUCAGUUGUAA